AUGAAUGACCAGGCUCGAGACUCAGAGCCUCCCGACGAACCAUACCUCAGGGCAGAGCUGAGCAUCCAAUCGCCCGCUUCGCCCAAGCCCUUGCCAUUCCCACAGCCGACCAACAUUCCCGUCCUGGAGAACAUGAUGGAUGUAGGCUUCAACCAGACUGAGCUUCACAUGAGCGAUCCCGCCAUGCAUCAGACGGAGCUGCGGCCGGAUGCGUGGCGCGAUCCGAACGACCAACCCUCGACCACCGCCGCACCCGACCAACCCUCGCUAUAUCCGACCGGACGCGAUGCGACCGAGCAAUCGCUCACGAACGCCGACGCUGUUCAGCAGCCGGAAGGCGACCCCGACACCGCCAUCAUCCAUCAUAGCAAUGAGGCAGCUCCCAAUGGACAUGAUACCCACCAGCCCAUCUCACUUUCCAAUGACGCCUCAUAUGAGGCCAAUUCCCAUCUUCCCACGGAUGUCGCGAAUGAGCCCACGACGACAAACGCGCCCCUGCCUUCGUCAGACCCAAGUGUGCCCUCCGCUGAAUCUGAACAUGAACCUGCGCCCAUUGCAGAUGCUGCCCCAACCCAAUCCAAUGCGGUCCAUCCAGACCAGUCGCAACAAACGCCAGCUCCCGGCGCGGUCGACGUUCAAGCCCUGUUGGACACCCUGCAAACGUCUCUCGCGCCCUCUGCCAAUGCCACGCCCGCUGCCCAGGGCGAUGCCACUUCGUCUCAAUCCCAAGUCCAGCCGUCCAUCCCAGGCACCGAAACGUCUCCUCUGUCUGCGUCAGGUCUUGGUGCGCCUCCCAGUGGCCUCCCACCACGUCCUCCACCCCAAGACCAGCCACUCAUAAACCCCAACUAUGUCCAUUCACAGCACAUACGCGACUACCAUCCACACGCCGCCCAUCCAGCUGUGCAAGGCCCGUCGCAUGGGCCCUCAAAUAGUCCCGGCAACGCAGAUCUUGCGCAAGCACAGCAAGCGGCUGCCAACACCGCGCCAAAUGGACAGGCUACUGGCGCAGCUCCCCCGACCCAUCAAGCUGGCCAGGGCACUGCUGGCCAGCAACCGCAGUACCCGGCCUCGAACACGCCGAUGGAGAGUCGUCGAGAGUACAAGAUUGCGGCAGGGCAGACCCCGACAAAGGAGGACCAACCGUGGACAGCGGACAUCCAGAAGAAGUAUGACCACUUCAUGGAGGAGGAGAGGAGAUAUGUCAAUGAGGCGCGGUGGGACCAGUUUCCAGUGGGGUCUCGUCUGUUUGUCGGUACGCGCGACCUACAGGGGAACCGACUGUCGAGGGAUCAGCUACUUACGGACUCUCUAGGAAACCUGUCUUCGGAGAAGGUUACGAAGCGCGACAUCUUUCACGUCUUUCACACCUAUGGCGAGCUUGCGCAGAUAUCCAUCAAGCAGGCGUACGGCUUCGUGCAAUUCCUCCACAAGGAAGGUUGCUCGAGAGCGCUGCAGGCUGAGCAGGGCCGACAGAUCCGCGAUAAGCGCAUUCGUAAGUUCAUCUUGCUGUCUUGUCCUGGGGGGGGGAUGAUGACUGAUUUUGGACAGACCUCGAGAUAAGCAAACCGCAGAAGAGCAACAACAAGAACCAGCAGCAGCAGAACAGCAACAACCGCCGAUCGCGCUCGCCUGAUUACAAUCGCGGAAGACCCGGGAACAAUGAUCGUUACGGAGGGAGAGGAGCGAACGGGCGUGGAAGAGACGGAUACAGAGGAGGAUAUCGGUCACCUUCACCACCCCCACCACCGCGCGGAUACCGCGACAGGUACGAGGAGCGGUACAGGACGAGGUCGAGAUCACCCGAAUAUGGAAGAUAUCGAGGGAGCCCGCCGCGUGAGACGGAAGAUGACUUGCCCUUGCCGCGCCGUCAACCGCGCGACGUGCCCGAAGUGCAGAUCAUCGCGCUGGACCAGCUGGACCGCGACUUCUUGUCGUGGGUGGAGAAGGCAUUCACAAAUCGCGGAGUGCGCGUGGACGUGUUGAUCUUGUCUCCUCGUCUGAGCGAGGAGGCUGUGAUGAGGCGGCAGAUCAUGGAAGGCGUGGUAGCCGUGUCGAAACUGAGGAGAGCGAACCAACACAGCAGUAAAAUCGGCCUGACCAUCUUCAAGCGGAAGCAUGGGACACGCGAUGUGCAGUUUGAGGAUUACGACAAUCUGGACCCCCACAUUUGUGCGGAGCUGGUGCUCCGGGAGAAGAGUACCCAGGGAGGUGGAGCAGCAAGUGCUGGUGGUUAUUCUGGUCAGUACGGUCAGGCGCAGUACGGGUACCAACCUCCAGCAGCGGCAGCACCUACGCCUUUCGCGCCACCCACUGGAUAUCCGCCCGGGUAUGGCCAGCAACAGCCUCCAGCAGCGUACGGCGUGCAGCCGCCUCAAGCUCCCCCUCUGGCUACCAAUAUGGAUCCGAAUAAUCUCCAGAAUCUCCUCUCGACGCUCAAUCAGCCGUCACCGAACACACCUCAAACGGCAGGCCCAUAUGGUCAUCAUCCGGCGCAAUCUCCAUUCCCUCCCAAUGCGCAGCAGUAUGGAGCCGCACAUCCGCAGCAGCAGCACGAUCCGUAUGCUGCUCUAAGGAAUAAUCCGGCGCUGGCAGGUAUGAUGCAACAGCCGCCUCCGCACAGCCAGGGGCCAGCCCAAGGCCAGCCGCCGGGUCCGAACAUGCAGGAUAUCCUGGCAAGGCUUGGAACAUAUCGUCAGUAG